UCAACCAAAGUCAUCAAAAUCACAUUAAUUCUACGAUAGAAUCAAAUACCAAAUGUACCCUUUGCAAAAUCAAAUACUAAAACCCUAUUGGAACAAUAGCCUCUAAAAAUCAAUCCCCACUUGACUUAGCUUAACCAACAACCGUACCCCCCUCAAUACUAAAAUCAACAUCAACCUCACAAUCCCUCCAAAAAUCCCAUGCAAAGCAACCCCAUCUGCUUAACACCCCUGUUUUUUUUCUUUUUCUUUUUCUUUUUCUUUUUUUAUAUUUAUAUCUAUUAAUUUUAAUUAUUUUCAAAUUUCCUUUAAUUUUGGGCCCUUUUAGUUUUGUAAAACUUGAACUAAACCACACAAAUUAGAAUCCCACAAAUCUAAAAGAAGACACGUAAAAAUGUCACUUGCCAUACAAAAAAGAAACAACAAUUUGGAAUGACGUGUAAACUAACACCCCCACUUAUAUUUACUCCUUUCUCUCCUCUCAAUUCCUUUUAUUCUCCCUCACACUUUCAUUCUUCUCCUCUAUUCCAUACCAAAAAAAAAAAAUCUGAUCAUAAAAACAGAGGAAUUGUUACUUUAAAAACAGAGCAACCCAAUUUAUGAUAUCAAUGGAAGAAUUAAAACCCACAAUGCAAAUUCAAGAAUCUCAUCAAAUACCCACCUCCUUAUUGGUUCAAGAAAAACCCGGGCUCGCCUCGCCCGAGCACGAUGAUCACCAACCACAACCACAACAACAACAACAACAACAAAAGCGGCCGAAUGAAGGCAAUAGUGAUGAAGAAGAGGGGAAAUCGACGAAUACCCGCGAAUGCGAAAGUGGCGGGAAACAUGAGGAAGAAAAUAAGGAGAAAAUAAGUGGUGAUUAUAGUAAUAAUGGGGGAGUUUUAGGGCCAAGAGAAAGAUUGAAGAGGCAUAGAAGAGAAGUAGCAGGGCAAGUAUGGAUACCAGAUAUAUGGGGUCAAGAAGAUUUCAUGAAAGAUUGGAUUGAUUGUUCAGCAUUUGAUGCAUCAUUGGUUCCUCAAGGUAUUAUGUUAGCUCGAGCUUCUUUAAUGGAGGAAGGAAGAAGAUCUAAUUCUAAUACUCUCAGAGUAGAAAAUAGCUGUUAGAAGACUUUUAUUUUAUUGCCUUUUUCUUAUUUAAUUUUAUUUUUCCCUUUUUAUUUUGGGGUUUAUUUGAGAUGAUCAUAUUAAAAUUGUUUACAAUGAGGCCAAAGAAGAAAGAAAAAAUAUAAAAUUAAAAAAAUAUUGUUAGUAUUUAUGUGUAUUAGAUGUUGAUAGUUAGAAGAACAAGAAGCAAAGGCCUAGUUUACAAUAACAAUUACUUUUUUUUUUAGUGGUUCAA